UCACAGCCAACCCGAACCUGGUUCAUGGCAGCCGCGGAGAAAUCAGUCUUGGGGCCACUUGUGGGGGCCAUAGACCAGGGUACCAGCUCCACGCGCUUUUUGGUUUUUAAUUCCAAAACAGCGGAACUCCUUAGUCAUCACCAGGUAGAAAUAAAGCAAGAAUUUCCAAGAGAAGGAUGGGUGGAACAAGACCCUAAGGAAAUUCUACAGUCUGUCUACGAAUGUAUAGAGAAAACAUGUGAGAAGCUCGGGCGGCUCAGUAUUGAUAUCGCCAACAUCAAGGCUAUUGGUGUCAGCAACCAGAGGGAAACCACUGUCGUCUGGGACAAGUUAACUGGAGAGCCCCUCUACAAUGCUGUGGUGUGGCUUGAUCUGAGGACCCAGUCUACUGUCGAGACUCUCAGGAAGAGAACUCCAGGAAAUAACAACUUUGUCAAGUCCAAGACAGGCCUUCCGCUUAGCACUUACUUCAGCGCAAUGAAACUCCGUUGGCUCCUGGACAAUGUAAGGAAAGUUCAAAAGGCUGUGGAAGAAAAUAGAGCUCUUUUCGGGACCAUUGAUUCAUGGCUUAUCUGGAGUUUGACAGGAGGAGUCAACGGGGGUGUUCACUGUACGGAUGUCACAAAUGCAAGUAGGACGAUGCUUUUCAACAUUCAUUCUUUGGCGUGGGAUAAAGAGCUCUGUGAGUUUUUUGAAAUUCCAAUGGAAAUUCUUCCAGAUGCCCGGAGUUCUUCUGAGAUCUAUGGUCUCAUGAAAGCUGGGUCCUUGGAAGGUGUGCCAAUAUCUGGUUGUUUGGGGGACCAGUCGGCUGCACUGGUGGGGCAGAUGUGCUUCCGGGAUGGCCAAGCCAAAAACACCUACGGAACAGGAUGUUUCUUACUGUGUAACACGGGCCGUAAGUGUGUGUUUUCUGAACAUGGCCUUCUGACCACAGUGGCUUACAAGCUUGGCAGAGACAAACCAGUGUACUAUGCAUUAGAAGGUUCUGUAGCUAUAGCUGGUGCUGUUAUUCAAUGGCUAAAAGACAAUCUUGGAAUCAUUAAGUGCUCAGAAGAAAUUGAACAACUUGCUAAAGAAGUAGGUACAUCUUGUGGCUGCUACUUAGUCCCAGCAUUUUCAGGGUUAUAUGCACCGUAUUGGGAGCCCAGUGCAAGAGGGAUAAUCUGUGGACUCACCCAGUUCACCAACAAAUGCCAUAUUGCGUUUGCUGCAUUAGAAGCCGUUUGUUUCCAAACCCGAGAGAUUCUGGAUGCCAUGAAUCGCGACUGUGGAAUUCCACUCAGUCACUUGCAGGUCGAUGGAGGAAUGACCAGCAACAAAAUUCUGAUGCAGCUACAGGCAGACAUUCUGUCUAUUCCAGUAGUCAAGCCCUCCAUGCCCGAAACAACUGCCCUGGGAGUGGCCAUGGCAGCAGGGGCUGCAGAAGGAGUCGGUGUUUGGAGUCUUGAACCCGAGGAUUUAUCAGCUGUAACGACUGAGAGGUUUGAACCUCAGAUCAAUGCUGAGGAAAGUGAAGUUCAUUAUUCUAUGUGGAAGAAGGCAGUGAUUAAAUCAAUGGGUUGGGUUACAAUGCAGUCGCCAGCAUGUGGUGACCCUAAUAUUUUCUGUAGUCUGCCCUUGAGUUUUUUUAUACUGACUAGCAUGGUAAUGUUAAUUGGAGCAAGGUACAUCGCAGGUAUCCUAUAAAUAAUAGAACUCAGAGAUUCUCAAGACACGAGCUUUCAUGUAAUGAUUGAGAAUUCAGUGAUUCUGUCGAAUGUGAUGACACCGUUAAUAGACUGAUUUUAUUUAUAAGCUGCUUGCUGCACAUAGAUCAGUGGCUUGAAAUAAAAUGCAGUCGAAAGAAUACUGUGGAAACAUUUUGUGAGUUUUUUUUUUUUAACAUAAACAGUUAACAAUGGGUCAGCCACCUAUGGGGCUAACCAUUUUCACUGCUGGACAUGCUGCCAUGUUCCCUCUAGGCGCUAGAGAGAACUCCAGUUUGUUCAUUGGAUUCUUUCAUCAUAGAUAAUCAAAUGCUAGUAGACCUGGAUUUGACUCUGUAUUGCAAAGGCUCUAUGAUGAGAAGAUUUAUCUGCAAAAACUGAAUGACUUUAAUAUACUUGCCCCAAAGUCUUCCCUUUUUUAUAUAAGGAGACCAGUACAUCUUCUUUGAGUGUGUAAAAGGAAACCUCUACUGAAUUAUUAAAAUGGAAAUUUUGUACAACAAGUAUAAACCAAACCCUGAAACUAAUAGGCCAGGAAUAAUAAGACUCAAAGCAGAUAUAUGUGAAAUUGAAACAAAAAAACUUGUGUAAAAUGAACAAAAUUAAAACUAUUUUUAAAGGCAAACAAAAUAGACACUCUUUUCACCAGACUAACGAGAAAAAAGAAAAAAAUCCAAAUAUAUAAAAUUAGAGAGGAGAAGAAGAUAUUACAAUUGAUACCACAGAAAUAUAAAGGAUCAUGAGAAACUACUUUGAACAACUAUGUGCUAACAAAUUGAAAGUCUUGAAGAAAUAGAACAGACAACAUUAGAUGGCAAAUCUCUCGUCGCUCAGUGAGAUCACUAGCUUUCUGAAGAGUUGGAAGUUUGGGAAAAUAUUGCAACUAAAGGAGAGCAGAGUUAUGUGAUAGGACAUCAAAAAAGAUGUAAAAGGCUGCUUGAAACAACUCGUUUCAAAGCAUGAGAGGUCUGUGGGACUGUGCUGCUGGCUUGAAGAAUUGCUUGAGGAAAAGUGUGGUGAUGAAAAACUGUGUUCUCUGCUCCCUUAGUUCUUUCUUCAAGGAAGUCUCAAUGAGUUCAAAACUGAAGCAAAGCCAUUCUUACCAGAGGUUUCAAUCAGGGAGUAUGUCACAGGCGCUUGGAUGCAGUCCCCUAUUCCCACCAUCCUUUUAUGAGUGACACAGAUUCUGAGACGUGGAGGCUGUGCAGUGCUGUAUCAAAGGGCUUCAACUGUCAAUACACUUGUCAGUGAAUGAUUCAACCCUAUCUGCUAUAUCGCAACCUCAGAAUACUGCAAUGAAAUAUAUGAUCACACAUGAAUAAACAAUUAU